GCCUUUCGACGUCACAGGCUGGCGGCAGAUAUGAAUCGCAUCAUGUCCGCAGCCUGCCCAGUAGCCUCCUUUGGACCGGCUCGCUCGCUACUAGUUGCAGUGCCAAACACCCUCCAAAUCCUUAAUAGCAGUAGCCACGAUUUAUAUUUCGCCAUCACGACAUGUCGUUCGGGUUCUCAGUCGGCGAUUUCCUCGCCGCAGGACGCCUCAUCAAGGAUGUUAUUAUCAUCCUCCGUACCUCGGCGCGUUCGGAACAUCAAGAGUUGAUUCUGGAGUUGCAUGGGUUGCAGCGCGCUUUGCACCAGAUCGAGCAUCUGAAAGCUCCUCCAGAACAACAUAUCUCGGUCAACAGCAUCAAGGUGGCUGCGCUGAUGUGCACGCACGUUCUUGAUGAGUUCGCUGCGAAACUGAGGAGGUUUGAGACGCUGAUGGGCCUGCAGCGAAAAGGCCAUAAGAUUGAACUGUGGAAACAGAAGCUGCGCUGGGGCUUUACGAUGGAGGACGAAGUUCGCAACCUUCGCGCGUAUCUAGCAGCACAUGUAGGCAGCCUUAAUAUGCGAUUGGUUACGGAGGGACUCACGUCGACUCAUCUUGCCGCGGAGCGCAGUGACCUCAACAUUGCCGAACUCCACCGAGUCGCAGAAGGUAAUGAGAGCAGCUUAGUCAAAAUCCACCAUAAUGUCGAGGAAUCGGGAGCUAUCACUCGAUGUGUUCAGUCAACAUUGGGUAAAGUCGCUUCUAUGGUAUCCGGAGAGAUCCUUCCGCAGCUCAAACGCCUAACCGAGCAAGUGUCCAAGAUAUGGCAGACGAACACUCAGCUCAUCGGAUUUCUUGUCAAGAUGCAAGAAGCGCCAGAACCUGCAUUGCAGUAUACAUGGUUCCAAGCGCCCGUCAAGUUCGAAGAUGCUCUAGGACGAGUGUUCCCUAUCCCAUCAGAGUUUGACUGGCCAAAAGUGGAAGCCAUUAUCACUGUCCACUUUCACGGGAGCCCUGGUCAUGCCAAAGUGGUGGCGGGGGAGUAUGAACUAUUUGACCCCAUUGAUCGUAGGCAAGUCAUCUCUAAGCCCACCUUUCAUGGACUCAGACCCGGGAUGAGCAUCACCAUGGCAUUCGUUGUUGGCAGAUAUACCCACGAGCUGGAGGAGGAGAAGCGAUGCCCGAGACCGGGUUGUCGAGCUAGCGCGUUUCGCCUUCUCGACGGUGGCAGCGCCCAAUGGUAG